UAGAACCUAAUAAGUGAUAAACUCCGGGACUGAAAAUGGCGACGGCGGGGAGCCGGACCUCGUCGUCGGGAAUAUACGAGUCGAAUAACAGCACAAACGUUGAAAGCUGUCUUCAAGGAAAUUCAAGCACCCCUAGUCUUCCAAGCAGUCACGGUAAGGCGAAGAGUAGUACAGGGGAAAACUCACAAUGGAGACGUAAAGAUCUACGCAAAGUCCGAAGUGUGGAUCUGGAUAAACCUGAGUCGCUGCUCCUAUCUCCUGAGACUGGGACGGCUCCGAUAUCCGCGCAGCUUCACUUCUUGUCCAUUUCCUCGCCUGGUGCGGUCCAGGCUACUUUAUUACAGAAAACACCCCACAUUCAGCAGAGCAACUCACUAACUGAUCACCCUCUCUCGGAUAAAACGACUAAUAGUUUGUCUACAGCCGCUCAGGAAUUGUUGAAAACUUCUUACAAAAACAGCAGCGACCAUCUCAGUCCGGAUAAUGGUGCAACCGUAACUUCAAUAGAAGUUAAUACUACACAAAAUAGUCGCGACAUGGAGAGUAAGGAUACCCUGCGGGGUCUGCAGAAGAUGGAAGACCGGCCCGAGGAGCGGAUGAUCCGGGAGAAGCUCAAGGCCACCUGCAUGCCCACCUGGAAGCACGAGUGGCUGGAGAGACGUAGCAGGAGGGGCCCGGUGGUGGUGAAGCCCGUCCCCCUGCGACCGGACGGGAGCGAGGCGGGCUGCAAAGGGGCAGAGGUCGGAGCCGAUGCACCCACCAGCUCCUCCCCCCAGCAGAGCAGAGGCCGCCGCAGCCCCUCCCCUGGACCCCCCUCUUCCUCCUCCUCUUCCUCUGGCAGGGCCGGUGGGAAGCCUGAGUCCCCCGGGGUGCGCAGGAAGAGGGCCUCACCUGUGCCGUUUCAGAGUGGCAGGGUGACGCCCCCUCGCCGGGCGCCCUCCCCAGACGGCUUCUCCCCCUACAGUCCUGAGGAGACCAGUCGCCGCGUCAACAAGGUCAUGAGGGCUCGCCUCUACCUACUGCAGCAGAUAGGCCCCAACUCCUUUCUGAUUGGAGGAGACAGCCCCGACAACAAAUACAGGGUGUUCAUUGGUCCACAGACCUGUAGCUGUGGCCGAGGGGCGUUCUGUAUCCACGUCCUCUUCGUCAUGCUCCGUGUCUUCCAGCUGGAGCCCUCAGACCCCCUGCUCUGGAGGAAAACCCUCAAAAACUUUGAGGUGGAGAGCUUGUUCCAGAAGUACCACAAUCGCCGCAGCUCGCGCAUCAAGGCGCCGUCGCGCAACACCAUUCAGAAGUUUGUGUCGCGCAUGUCCAACCCCCACACGUCCUGUCCGUCCAGCAACUCUGGCGCCUCGAGCAAUGACAGCAGUAGUCUGAAGGAUGAAGAGGAGCAGAUGUGUCCUAUCUGUCUGUUGGACAUGCUGGAUGAGGAGAGUCUGACUGUGUGUGAGGAAGGCUGCAGGAACAAGCUGCACCACCACUGCAUGUCUAUCUGGGCUGAGGAAUGCCGGCGGAACCACGAGACGCUCAUCUGCCCCCUCUGUAGAGCCAAGUGGAAGUCCCAUGAUUUUUACAGCCAUGACCCCUCAUCUGUCUCCAUGGAGAAUGCGGCAGCGUCAUCGUCUCACAGUGAAGGGGGUUCAAGAGGGGGGUCAUCGUCCCAGGAGGGGGACUUCACCCUGCCCCAAUACGGGGUCCAGCAGAUCCCCCAGACCUACAAAGAACUUGCUGAGCCUUGGAUAAAGGUGUUUGGCAUGGAGGUGGUGGGUUGUCUGUUCUCCAGGAACUGGAACAUCAGGGAGAUGGCCCUGCGGCGGCUGUCGCAUGACGUCAGCGGCGCACUCCUCCUGGCCAAUGGCGAACGCUCCUGGCCGGGGGCGGGGCUAGGGGCCGGGGCGGGCUGCUCUGAGGUGUCAGGUGACGUGGUGGUGGAGUCAUGCUGUAGUGUCCUCUCCAUGGUGUGUGCUGACCCUGUCUACAAGGUCUACGUGGCUGCACUGAAAACCUUGCGGGCCAUGCUGGUGUACACGCCCUGCCACUCCGUGUCUGAACGCUCGCGCCUGCAGCAGCUGCUCCGGUCCGUGGUGGAGACCAUCCUGGUCAAAUGUGCCGACGCCAACAGUCGUACCAGCCAGCUGUCGGUGUCCACACUACUGGAGCUGUGUAAAGGCCAGCUGGGAGAGCUGGCUGUAGGUAGAGAGAUCCUCAAAGCAGGGUCCAUUGGUAUUGGAGGGGUGGACUAUGUCCUGAACUGCAUCCUGGGGCCCCAGACGGAGGCCAAUAACUGGCAGGCCCUGCUGGGCCGUCUGUGUCUGAUUGACAGGCUCCUGCUGGAGUUCCCUGCUGAGUUCUACCCACACAUCGUCUCCGGAGGGGACUGGCACCAGUCUCAGACCUUGGGGGAUAGGUAUCAAAAGCUGCUCCCCCUACUGAGCUUCUCGCUGCAGUCCAUCGACAACUCCCACUCUAUGGUGGGCAAGCUGUCUCGCCGCGUGUUCCUGAGUGCCGCGCGCAUGGUGGCCCGCGUGCCGCACGUCUUCGUCAAGCUCCUGGACAUGCUAAGCGUCACCAGCUCCACGCACUAUGCCCGCAUGCGCCGCCGCCUGCUCGCCAUCGCCGAGGAGAUGGACAUCCUGGACGCCAUCAACCUGGGCCUGGAGAGCAUGGAGCACAGCGCCAGUGAGGCGCACCAACGGGCCAACGCCGCCUUCCUUGAGCCCUCCGCACCUCAGAACUCGCCCAACAUGACCGAGAGCAACACCCCGACGCAUACGGUCCAGAUGACCAGCGGGAAGGGAGGGAGAGGUUUCUCGGGCAAUGUGGGAGCGAGUCCUGAGGAUAUAAGUGAGAGGUUAGCGGCCAUCUCCACUAGCGCUGGGCGUCCCAAUAUGGCCACUUCCACGUGCGGUGGGGCCCUGGCCGAGCACCAAAAGCCCCCCGUUCAGGCACGUAACCGCCCCCUCAGCCAGUGCCUGAACUCUACGCCUACCAGCCAAGCCCCCAGCCUCCCCUCGCCCUCCGCCUCCCACCCUCCCCCCUCCUUCCCAGGACCUGACAGCAGUACCAAACCCCGGCCCCAGAGCUUCGUCCCCAGCAAGCUAGCGACAACUGCCCCCUCUGCUUCCUCCUGCUCUCCAGGCUCCCAGCGCAGGUUUCCCCAGCAGAAGCCCUUCAGCAACAAGGACCCAGAGAAGCAGCUCCCCUCCCCCUGUUUCACCCAGGCCCGACCCCUCCCCUCCAGCCAGAUCCACAGACCAAAGCCCUCCCGACCCACCCCCUCCGAGGGGGCCAAGACCCUCUGCACCUCGCCCACUCCAAGAGCCUCCAAGAUGGGCAUGAAGCUGGACCUCCAAGGGGAAAAGCCCAGCCUCUCCACCAGCGCCUCCGGAGGUGAGGGCCCCUCCACAGGGGGCCACAUGGGGGGUGCCACCACCCUCAUCAGCAGCGAGGACAGCUGCUUCACCCCUGUGGAAGAGAAGUUCCGUGGACUGGACGCCUCUGCUGAGCUCAACUCCUCCAUGGAAGACCUCCUGGAAGCAUCUUUGCCCGUUGCCGGCGACACCACCACCGUCACGUUCCAGUCGGAGGUGGCCGUGCUGUCGCCGGAGCGGGCUGGGGACGGGCCGGGAGGAGGUGGAGAGGUGGGAAUGUAUAGCGAGGACGUGACGCAACACCAGAAGUGCAAGGAGAAGAUGGAGGCGGAGGAGGAGGCGGCGCUGGCUGUAGUUAUGGCCAUGUCCGAGUCGCAGGAUGCGCUGCCCGUCAUCCCCCAGCUGCAGGUGGAUAAAGACCAGGACAUCAUCAUCAUCCAGGCAGAUACUCCAGAGACUCUGCCUGGCCAUACCAAAGCCAAGCAGCCCUACAGGGAGGGCCAGGAGUGGUUGAAGGGCCAGCAGAUCGGCCUGGGGGCCUUCUCCUCCUGCUACCAGGCCCAGGACGUGGGCACUGGCACCCUGAUGGCAGUCAAACAGGUGACCUAUGUCAGGAACACAUCGUCGGAGCAAGAGGAGGUGGUGACUGCUCUGAGGGAGGAGAUCCGGAUGAUGGCCCACCUCAACCACCCCAACAUCAUCCGUAUGCUGGGGGCCACCUGCGAGAAGAGCAACUAUAACCUGAUGGUGGAGUGGAUGGCAGGUGGCAGUGUGUCCCAUCUCCUGAACAAGUAUGGGGCCUUCAAGGAGGCUGUGAUCAUCAACUACACGGAGCAGCUGCUCCGAGGCCUGGCCUACCUCCACGAGAAUCAGAUCAUCCACAGAGACAUCAAAGGUGCCAACCUGCUGAUUGACAGCACAGGUCAGAGGCUGAGGAUAGCUGACUUCGGUGCUGCAGCCAGACUGGCCUCCAAGGGCACUGGAGCAGGGGAGUUCCAGGGCCAGCUCCUGGGAACCAUUGCCUUCAUGGCCCCAGAGGUGCUGCGUGGACAGCAGUACGGCCGGAGCUGUGACGUGUGGAGUGUGGGCUGUGCCAUCAUCGAGAUGUCGUGUGCCAAGCCCCCCUGGAACGCAGAGAAACACUCCAACCACCUCGCUCUCAUAUUCAAGAUUGCGAGUGCCACCACGGCGCCCUCCAUCCCUCCCCAACUGACCCCUGGCCUGAGGGACGUCACCCUGCGCUGCCUUGAGCUCCAACCUGCCGACCGGCCCCCAUCCAGGGAACUCCUCAAGCACCCCGUCUUCCGCCUCAACUGGUAGUCCCCAACAUCCUCCCACAGUCCCCAACAUCCUCCCACAGUCCCCAACAUCCUCCCACAGUCCCCUAGCCUCCCUAUCCCAUAGUGUCUACUACUGAAGGCCCAGCCAGCCUGCCUACUUUUCUCUCUUCCUCCCACCGCUGACAAUCAGACCAGCCUCCAUAACACAAGACCAGCCUACCUAACCCUAGACCGACCUCCAUCCACCACCGACCAGCCUCCCUAACCCUAGACCGCCCUCCAUCCACCCUAGACCGCCCUCCAUCCACCUUAGACCACCCUCCAUCCACCCUAGACCAGCCUCCCUAACCCCAGACCAGCCUCCCUAACCCCAGACCAGCCUCCCUAACCCCAGACCAGCCUCCCUAACCCCAGACCAGCCUCCAUCUACCCCAGACCAGCCUCCAUCUACCCCAGACCAGCCUCCAUCUACCCCAGACCAGCCUCCAUCUACCCCAGACCAGCCUCCAUCUACCCCAGACCAGCCUCCAUCUACCCCAGACCAGCCUCCAUCUACCCCAGACCAGCCUCCAUCUACCCCAGACCAGCCUCCAUCUACCCCAGACCAGCCUCCAUCUACCCCAGACCAGUCUCCAUCUACCCCAGACCAGACCCC